AUGGAUUCAGCAAAGGUUCAUUUACAAAUUAAUGCUGGAAAAUGUAUUUACGAUGGAAAAAUGGUGAAACCGGAUAAACGGAAGGGCAAAUUGGUUCUUUACAAAAUAUAUGAUAAUCUUUACAACUUUCAGUGGAUUAAUAGAGAAAAUAACGAAAUUGAGGAUAAUUUUAUAUUAACCAAAAGCAUUUCCUUAGAACGAGUUCAACAAUGUAAGACUGGAAGAGUCUAUAUAUUAAGAAAUAAAUCGAGAGGCGAAGUUUCCUUUUAUUGGAUGCAGGAUUAUGAUGAUUCAAAGGACGAAAUUUUCGUUAAGGAAUUUAACUCCAUUAUAACAAAUGAACUAGCAAACA